UGGAUGACAGCGACUGCCGAGCCUCAGAGAAUAAAGCACACCCGCCGGUGGGAAAAUAGGCUGCGUUUGUGAUACUGUGUAGCUAACUAGGUAGAUAGUUAACGUUUGGCACUAUCUAUAAUUAAAGUCGUUGUCUUUGAGGAAAGAAACCGGAAAAGUUUCCUGGAUAGCUGUUCAUUGUGGUCGCAGCCCGUUAGCUAUGCUAAACCGGAGACGGGAUCUUAAUUAAUCCAGACGGGACCAGCCCCAGGAACCGGCAGCAGCAGUCAGUCACACCCUUGUCUGGGGUUAGUGGACGAACCCCGUCUGCGCAGCAACCUUAAAUUGCUACCCUUCACAUGUUACAUUGUUAUAUACAGAUGCAUGUUAGCCCCAGACUGCUGAAUUGGAGCUUCAGAGCAAUAUUGUGAGUGAACUGGAAAUUGUGGACUAGAUAUGACUGACUCAUCAUCAUGGCACGGGCAGAGGAGAUAACCCUGAACAGUCCGUCUGCUGCAGUGCCAACCAGACAGCCCCAUAACUAGCCAGACAGCUAAGUUAUUUACACAUCCAAUCGUUUCUAGUAUAUACUCCCCCUGGUAGUCAGCUUGGCAAUAUGAACACCCCGAUGUACACAUUUGUCACCCGUGACGACAACAGCACCAUUUAUGCAGAAGUUUCCAAAAUCCUCGUCUCGACUGGACAAUGGAAGAAGCUGAAAAGAGACAAUCCCAGAUUCAACUUAAUGCUCGGUGAACGGAACAGACUGCCCUUUGGACGUCUUGGUCAUGAACCAGGACUGGUGCAGCUUGUGAAUUACUACAGAGGAGCAGACAAGCUUUGCAGGAAGGCAUCCUUGGUCAAGCUAAUAAAGACCAGCCCAGAGCUGUCCGACUCCUCUAACUGGUUUCCAGAAUCCUACAUCAUCUAUCCCACUAACCUCAACACCCCUGUUGCUCCAGCUACAAAUGGCAUUAGUCAUCUGAAGAACAAUCCCAAGACAGAUGAGCGUGAAGUUUUCUUGGCUUCUUAUCACUCUAAAAAAGAAAGUGGGGAGGGCACAGUGUGGAUAGCCAAGUCUUCUGCUGGAGCUAAAGGUGCUGGUAUUUUGAUAUCCCAUGAUGCUAACCAGCUGCUGGAGUACAUUGAUAAUCAGGGUCAGGUUCAUGUUAUUCAGAAGUACCUGGAGAAACCUCUGCUCCUGGAGCCGGGACAUCGGAAGUUUGACAUCAGGAGCUGGGUGCUAGUGGACCAUCAGUACAACAUCUAUUUAUACCGGGAGGGUGUGCUACGGACGUCCUCUGAGCCCUACAACAGCUCUGACCUCCAGGACAUGACCAGUCACCUCACCAACCACUGCAUCCAGAAGGAGCACUCCCUGAACUACGGACGAUAUGAGGAGGGGAAUGAGAUGUUCUUUGAUGAGUUCAGGCUGUACCUGCUGAACACUCACAAUGUCACCCUGGAGAGCACCAUAUUACCUCAGAUCAAGCAGAUCAUAAAGAGCUGUCUGACAUGUAUUGAGCCGACAAUCAGCACCAAGCACCUGUCCUACCAGAGCUUCCAACUCUUCGGGUUUGAUUUUAUGGUGGACGAGAGCUUCAAAGUGUGGCUCAUUGAGAUCAAUGGAGCUCCAGCCUGUGCACAGAAACUAUACUCAGAGCUAUGUCAAGGUAUCGUGGAUGUGGCCAUUUCCAGUGUCUUCACCCUGAACAGUGGCGGUGACUCCUCAUCUGCUUCCUCUUCACCUUAUUCCUCCUCCCCAUCCUCCACGUUCUCCACCAACUCCUGCUCCUCUCCCAAACUGAGAGGACCUCUUAACGUGGGCCCUUUCACUCGACUGUAAGCACACAAGCAAUUAUUCCCCUCGUCUCCUUGUCACAGCUU